GACCUUCUAGUGACGAUCAUAGUUACCUAAAGAAUCCGAUCUGGUGGUUAGGAAUGGGUACAAUGGUGGUUGGUGAAUUGCUUAAUUUUGCUGCCUAUUCAUUUGCUCCCGCUAUCCUUGUAACUCCCCUUGGUGCAUUGAGUGUUUUAAUCGG